AUGGCGUCCCCGUUUGCCAUGGGGCGACGCAUCGCCCGGCCUGGGCACUGCUUCACAUCUCUCGUCCAUCUCCGCCACUCGCGAUUUUCCACAAAUUCGACCUCAUCUCCAUCCUCCCCCGACCAGUCUCUGGCAUCUUCAUCUUCAUCUUCAUCUGUCUAUCCUCCACCGCCCGACUCCGGCGAGGCAGCGCACUACGCGCCAUCUUCCUUUCCGUCGCACUCCUCCGCUUCCUACUUCCACUUCGAGGUGCUGCACACGUCCAAGCGAUCCGGCGCUCGCGUCGGCCGCAUACACACGCCGCACGGAGUGAUCGAAACGCCCGGCUUUGUGGCCGUCGGCACCAACGGAACGCUCAAGCACAUUUCUACACUUCAUGGCAACGAGAUGGGCGUGCAGGCCAUGUUCAUGAAUACCUACCACCUCCUCUUGCAUCCGGGUCCUGACGUGAUUAGCAGCGCUGGUGGGCUGCACAAGUUCAUCCAACACAAGACGCCCAUCAUGACGGACAGCGGCGGAUUCCAAGUAAUGUCGAUGGCCUCUCGGGACCAGUUCAUUUAUUCCCACCAGCUGCCUGAAGAGAAGGAAGAGGAAGAAGCUGCCAGGCGAGAGGCCGAGGCCGAAGCGCAGGGCAUCGGGGAUGAACGCUCGAAGAAGCUGCUGGCGCGCGCACGGGACCGGGAGAAAAACGAGGAGAGCGGAUACAUAAGCCUCGUGCAGCGCAUCAACGAGGACGGCGUCUACUUCAAGUCGUACCGGGACGGCACAGAGGUGGUCCUCACGCCCGAGACCUCGGUGGCCUACCAGAAAAGCUUUGGUGCCGAUAUCAUCAUUCCGCUGGACGAGUUGCCGCCUGUGAACUGCACGGAUCACAACAGGCUCCUCAAUUCCCUCCACCGCACCCACAGAUGGGAAGCGCGUUCGCUGCUGGCUCACAAAAAGGACCCGAGGGACCAGGCCAUGUACGCGGUCCUGCACGGUGGCGUCGACCGCGAGCUGCGCCAGCUCUCCAUCGACUACCUCACCCAGCUGCCCUUCGACGGGUUCGCCAUCGGUUCGUCCACGUCCGCCGGACCCUCGCUCCUCGUAGGAGAUCUGGUUUCGCUGGUCGAGUGGAUGUCACCCAAGCUGCCCAAGGACAAGCCGUGCCAUCUUCUUGGCAUCGGCGAUCUGGAAAGCAUCGGCGAUUGCGUGGCCUUUGGCAUCGACACCUUUGACUCCGCCUACCCCACCCGGAUUGGGCGCCACGGGACUAUACUCACGCGACAGGGCAAGAAGUCGAUAACCAAGAUCGAAAACAAGCACAAGCACGCCCCGAUGGACCCCGGCUGCAGCUGCUUCACCUGCCGCAAUUACUCUGCCAGUUACUUGUAUCAUCUGCACAAGGCGUACGAGCCAGUGGGGAUGCAGCUCACAACGAUCCACAACCUCCACUUCAUGCUAAACUACUUCAAGGACGUGCGCGAAAAGAUUAUGCGCGAUGAAAUCUAA